GGUCCCACUUCUGGUCCCGCUGGUUCAACACCAUAUCCAUUGCCAGAACAUAAUAAUAGUUAUUUUUCACGCCCACAUUUAGAAUCAGAUUAUCCACGAACUCCAUCUUAUAGAGAUGGCAACAAUUAUAACAGUCUUAGCCCAGUUCUCGGUGCUAUGCCGACAGAAUAUGGUUAUGGUGAUCCUCCACAAAUUACAUUGCCUAAUGCACUACGCAAUACUAAUAUUCCUCCUCUUCAACAUCAAAAAUCUGAUAUACCACCGACUGGUUACCCUCAACAUCAUUCUGAAGGUAUGCCACCGCCACCACCACCGCAGACACCAGAAGAAAGAGAUAAAAAAGAUUUUGUG